GCGGCGGUGUCGGUGCCGCCGGGAGCGGGCGGACCCGAGGUGAAGCUGGGGGGCCGGGGUCCACUGCCCGCGGCCGAACCGGCGCACCUCUCCCACCCUCCCCGCGCCCCCCGUGUGGCCCCCACGGCAAACAGUCGCGCGGCCAAACGCGGCCCACGGGCAGGGCGCGGAAGGGGAGUAGACGCGAGGCCGGGAACGAGCUGGGGGGCGGUGAGGGAGGGGGCGCGCCCACCACCCCUCCUGGCCUACGGCGACCCCGCCUACAUCGCGGGACUGGGACCCUCGGAGUAGCCUCUGUCUGCCUCCAACCCAGGAUCCGACCCCCCGAGUUCUGAGUCCACCCACUCUUAUGCCUCUGUGAUCAGACUCAGGCUUCUUCACCGGUCCAAGCCCCAGCUUCCCCAUCGACAAGCUGGCUAUGAAGAGCUGGGUCUGCGCCAUCCUCCCAGGCAAGACUCCCGACUGUGGGCCAUGGACCUCUGAGGAGGCGUCGUAAGUCCGCCCAGCUCCCCACUUGCUGUGCUCCCACUCAAUGGGAAGGGAACCAAGGCCUUGUCCAGCCAUCAGCCACGGCCUCUCGACAGCACCAGGAUGGAAGUCAAAGGUCAGCUGAUCAGCUCUCCCACCUUCAAUGCCUCGGCUGCCCUGUUUGGAGAGGCUGUCCCCCAGGCGAAGUCAGAGCGUCUGCGGGGGCUCGUCGACCGUCAGCGGGCCCUGCAGGAGGCCCUGAGCUUGAAGCUUCAGGAGCUCCGCAAAGUGUGUCUCCAGGAGGCGGAACUGACUGGACAGCUGCCCCCUGAGUGCCCGCUGGAGCCUGGUGAACGGCCCCAGUUGGUCCGCCGGCGGCCCCCUGCAGCCCGAGCCUACCCUCCGCCGCACCCCAACCCAGGACACCACUCCUUGUGCCCUGCUGAGGAGCUGGCUCUUGAGGCCCUGGAGCGUGAGGUGUCCGUGCAGCAGCAGAUUGCAGCCGCCGCCCGCCGCCUGGCCUUGGCCCCUGAGCUGAGCAUCGAGCAGCGCCGGCGCCGGCGCCAGGUCCAGGCAGAUGCGCUGCGGAGGCUGCAUGAGCUGGAGGAACAGCUUGGGGACCUCCGUGCCCGACUUGGCCUCCCGGUGCUCCCACCACCGCAGCCCCUACCCCUGUCCACAGGGGCAGUUAUCACAGCCCAAGGAGUCUGCCUGGGCACGCGCCUCGCUCAGCUCAGCCAAGAGGACGUAGUUCUGCACUCCGAGAGCAGCUCCCUGUCAGAGUCUGGGGCCAGCCAUGAUAAUGAGGAGCCCCGUAGCUGCUUCCCUCUGGCCGAGCGCCCCUCGCCGCCCAAAGCCUGGGACCAGCUGCGGGCAGUGUCGGGGGGCAGCCCUGAGCGGCGAACCCCGUGGAAACCACCACCAUCAGAUCUUUAUGGGGAUCUGAAGAGCCGGCGGAACUCUGUGGCCAGCCCCACUAGCCCCACACGCUCGCUGCCCAGGAGUGCCUCCAGUUUUGAAGGGCGAAGUGUGCCUGCCACUCCUGUCCUCACCCGGGGUGCUGGCCCCCAGCUCUGCAAACCCGAAGGCCUCCAUUCUCGCCAGUGGUCCGGCAGCCAGGACUCCCAGAUGGGCUUCCCCCGGGCGGACCCGGCCUCCGACCGUGCCUCCCUUUUCGCAGCUCGCACCCGCCGCAGCAACAGCUCUGAGGCCCUGCUUGUGGACCGGGCGGCUGGCGGGGGAGCUGGCUCUCCGCCGGCACCUCUGGCUCCCCCUGCUGCUGGCCCCCCGGUGUGCAAGAGCAGCGAGGUGCUGUAUGAGCGCCCCCAACCAACCCCUGCCUUCUCCUCCCGCACAGCCGGCCCCCCAGACCCUCCCCGGGCUGCCCGGCCUAGCUCAGCUGCCCCUGCCUCCCGAGGGGCCCCCCGGCUCCCGCCUGUGUGUGGGGACUUCCUUUUGGACUAUUCCCUGGACCGGGGCCUGCCCCGCAGUGGUGGUGGGGUAGGCUGGGGGGAGCUGCUGCCUGCGGCUGAGGUCCCAGGACCCCUCUCCCGCCGGGAUGGGCUCCUCACCAUGCUCCCAGGUCCACCACCUGCGUAUGCAGCUGACGGCAGCAGCCCCCUCCUCCGCAGCAAGGACCCCCACACCCGUGCCGCCCGCACCAAGCCCUGUGGCCUGCCCCUGGAGGCCACCGAGGGGCCAGAGGUGCAUCCCAAUCCUCUGCUGUGGAUGCCCCCACCCACCCGUAUCCCCCCAGCUGGUGAGCGCAGUGGCCAUAAGAACCUUGCCCUGGAGGGGCUGCGGGACUGGUACAUCCGCAACUCGGGACUGGCCGCCGGGCCCCAGCGCCGGCCUGUGCUGCCCCACAUGGGCCCACAACACCCGCCCUUCCUCCAUGCCCGCUGCUAUGAGGUGGGCCAGGCGCUGUAUGGGGCCCCCAGCCAGGCGCCGCUCCCGCACUCGAGGAGUUUCACGGCACCCCCUGUCUCCGGCAGAUACUACGCGGACUUCCUGUACGCCCCGGAGCUGAGCGCUCGUUUAAGUGACCUGACGCUAGAGGGGGAGCAGUCCUCCAAUUCUGACCCCCAGACCCCGGGGACACUGGUCUGACUCCUGAUAUGCUCCUUGUUGGCCUGAGCACGGCUUUAGUCUGGGGAGCACACAGCUGACCUCGCUGAACCCUGGGGUGUGGUUGCUCUCAGUCCUGGGGGGUGCCGAACCUGAUCUUCCAAGGUCCCUGGCUCCUUGUGGACCCACGAAGGUGUCUGACACCCUGCUUCCCCUCUCACACUGUGCUGGGAACUGGGGCCCUCAGCCAGCUUAAAAGAGGGGGGAUGGUGUCACGGGGACUCCAAGCCCCUUCCUCCAUUUCUGUUUACAGUUGUGACUUAGAUAUUCGCUGUCUUCCCCCAACACUAGACGUUUUAUAAAAGGGAAACUGUGAUCUCGUCCUGGUUGGGCUCAUUCCUGUCCCCAUGCUCAGCCUGUUCCAUUCAGGAACCCCCUUCAACAAAACGGACCAUAGAGGGUCUCGGGGCCCUGUUUGGGUCAGCCAGGAGACUCUGGUGUGACCAGACCCCCUGCCACCCCUCACCAGGGCAGUUCUCGGGGAGGUGGGCUCUCUGCCUGCAUUUGGAAAGACUGAAGUCUGGGUAGGGGGCUUGGGUUCAUUUCCUACCCCCAGGGCUGCCCGAAGGAGCCCCAGUCCCUGUCUGCCUGUCUGUGCCCGCUGCCUCUGCCCACAAGAUGAGAUGGCCCAGCCUCUGUUGGCAGUCUCUGCCCUGUCUAUCCCUGGUCAGGAAGCCCUGCAGGAGGGGCCAGAGGGCAGAGCCAUCAGGUGUGUUGUGUCCUGGGAUGCUGCGGUGGUGGAACCCGGCAUCUGGUAGAUGCCAGUAAAAUCCUCAGGUGACGUCUGGCCAGAGGCUACGUCACGUCUUCCUUGGCUUUCUUUCCAUCCACCACUUUUUAAAUCUAUACAAGCUGUGUUUUCUAUGAUACCUAUCUAUGACUUUCUGGAGCUGGGGGUCCCCCUACCUCCUUUACCUGGUGUUAAACUUUUCUUUUUCUACCAAUGGAUCUGGGCCCAAGACACUAUCCACACUGGAAGGGGAUUUCUAUAAUAAAUGUGUAAACU